CAAAAACUAUUUAAAGAAUUCUACGAGAACCAUGUUCCACAUGCUCUAGGAAUAUUUGAGAAACUUCUGAAGUCUCGUGGUGGAAAAUAUUUUGCAGACAACAAGGUAAAUGAGGUUUUUCAUAUACCAUACUAUGCUCGCUUGGUCCGUUUCAUAAAACUGAUCAAAUAUGGUGUGAUAUAUCAGGGCCUUCGCUCGAAACGUCGAGGUUUUGCUCAUAUUUUCCAGGUUAGUUGUAUGUCCUUCUCACAACAGCUGUUUCUAAUCACAGAGCCCAAAUCGUCUUCCUCGAUUUUACUGAAUGACGUACAACGACGACGAUCGUUAAAUAUUUCCCGUGGAUUUCUGAUUAUAGAUCUAAUCUGAUUACAACUAAUCACAACAGAAUAUGACUACUUAUUUGAAAGACAUACAGCUAUUUCAAUUAAGGUUGUUCCUCAAGCAAAGCGGAAAAGUCGAAUACGCGAGCGCGAAAGGCUGCUGGGAAUCGCUAGCUAAUAAAUUCAUUAAUUUCUUAGCGAUUCCCAGCAGCCUUUCGCGCUCGUAUUCGACCUUUCCGCUUUGCUCGGGGACAACCUUAAUUGAAACAGCUGUAUGCCCGAAUUGAUUAUAGCCAAGCUUGUGUCUGUCCUCCCUCACGUAAUGCCGAUUAUACUAUUAAUCUGCUAUAUACUGUAGCUAUUACGUACCUAGUCCCAGUGAACUCAUUAUUGAGUAAAUAUCAUGCAUGUAGACGGAUCGUCUGUCAAAAGGACUUGGCUAUACAACCUCGUUUUCGGCCUUGUCAUAUCCCUUUAUCUUGUUUCUGAUGACCUAGAUAACAGUAUGAUUUCGUGAAGGCUUCGAUCUGCUACAAGAUAAAGAAUUCUAAACCCAAAAUCUCAAAUCACGAGAACGAGGCUCUAUAGCCACGGCUGAGUACUUUCGGGAAGGGUGUGAAGCACAUCUAUCUGACGAACAAACCAUCCAAAAACAAGACGAACUACGAAGUUUUGAAUUAUAUACGAUAUUAAUUAUAUAUUAAUUAUAUAUUAAUUUCAAUGAUCAACUAAUUAUUAAUUAUAAUGCAUGCAAUAGUUUGGUGACCUUGACGGCUCUGAUGCUUCAGUUUGUAAAAUACGCUACAAAAAGCUGCAGUGACACGCGCGUUUUGGUCACCAAAUUAUCUGACUUUUACAUAUAGUGUAUUUUUUCAUGAAUACAUUCAAGUACCAGGUUUUUCUUUCGGAACCAUAUAUUACAUAGUAUUAGCACAAGUGGAUACGGGGCUAAAUCCACCAGGGAGGAGGGGUGUUAUGGAAAUUUAGAUCCUCUCUCUCUCUCUCUAUAUAUAUAUAUAUAUAUAUAUAUAUAUCAUUUGACAUUCGUAGCUUGCGUUCACUUUUAACUUCCACGUUAGUCUGCCAAUGCUCAACAACUUUCCUGAAAAUCUGCUUAAUAGUUAACUCAACUGCAACUUUAUACCUGAAAUUACUUAUGAAAAAAUAUUAGGGGAGGUGUUACAAAUCCUACCCGCCCCCCGGUCGCUGCGACACUAGACAGCGUGAUAAUCAGGACAUUCAUUCAGUCACUUUAAGCACUGCUAGCUAAACAAGCUGGACCUCCGAAAUGUGAAAUAAUAUUUUUUUACUUCUUAACAGCUGACAUAUGCAGAUAUAAUAUUCUUCUCAUAUAUGGAAAUGUUUGAAAGCCUGAACAAAGGUCCUUCGCCAAUAUUGGAUAACUAUCCUGCACUAAAAGAUCUGAUUAACACAGUUUCAAGCAACCCUGGGAUAAAGAAAUGGUUGAGCGAACGGCCUGAUCAACCAAUCUAA